AUGGGUAAUGAUGAAUGUCCAUUGACAUUAGAUGAUGCUGGCGGCGUUUUAGGACAUGCAUACUUUCCUGACUCUAGCGGCACCUGUAGAGAAAUCCAUUUAGAUAUAAAUGAACGCUGGUAUUUUGGAAAUAAUCCUAAUAUACCCAAAAAUCAAACUAGUUUUCUUAUGGUGUUGGUUCAUGAAAUUGGACAUGCCCUCGGCAUAGCACAUAGUGCUUCUCCGAAUGCUAUUAUGUUUGCCUUCUAUCAGCAUGAGAUUCGUGGUCUAGAUGUUGAUGAUAUAAAUGCAGUACAAUAUCUAUAUGGAAGAAAAAACAAAUAUGAUUCAAUCCCAACGUCUACCACCGCAUCAGCAAUACCAAAAACAACAACAACUAUAAGAUCUACAACUCAAUUCGUCAUGGAUAGAAGAGAACAAAUUGAGAACUGGUUGGUUGAGGCUUCUGAUGAAGAACAAGUUGGAGGGUCAAAUUCUGAGUCGGAGUUAGACGAGAUAACACAAAGCGAUAUAAUAGUGCUAGUGAAAUCGACGAAUUGUCCGCACACUCCAGUGAGACUUCAGACAACGAGGACGACGGCUGUGCAGGGCAGUAUGAUAAAUUCUAUUUUACCAGACAUAAUGGCAGAAACGGUCCUAAACAAAAAUGGUCAAAGUCUCCACCAACAAGCUCCGCAAGAACACGAAGACAUAAUAUAA